AUGGCAAAUGGUGGCGGCGGCGGCGGCAGCAACAGCGGCGGCGGCGGCGGCGGCGGCGGAGGCAGCAGUCUUAGAAUGAGUAGCAAUAUCCACGCGAACCAUCUCAGCCUAGACGCGUCCUCCUCCUCCUCCUCUUCCUCUUCUUCCUCCUCCUCCUCUUCCUCUUCGUCCUCGGUCCACGAGCCCAAGAUGGAUGCGCUCAUCAUCCCAGUGACCAUGGAGGUGCCGUGCGACAGCCGGGGCCAACGCAUGUGGUGGGCUUUCCUGGCCUCCUCCAUGGUGACUUUCUUUGGGGGCCUCUUCAUCAUCUUGCUGUGGCGGACGCUCAAGUACCUGUGGACCGUUUGCUGCCACUGCGGGGGCAAGACGAAGGAGGCCCAGAAGAUUAACAAUGGCUCAAGCCAGGCAGACGGCACUCUCAAGCCAGUGGACGAAAAAGAGGAGGCGGUGGCAGCUGAGGUCGGCUGGAUGACCUCCGUGAAAGACUGGGCGGGGGUGAUGAUAUCUGCCCAGACACUGACUGGCAGAGUCCUGGUUGUCUUAGUCUUUGCUCUCAGCAUUGGUGCACUUGUAAUAUACUUCAUAGAUUCGUCAAACCCAAUAGAAUCCUGCCAGAAUUUCUACAAAGAUUUCACAUUACAGAUCGACAUGGCUUUCAACGUGUUCUUCCUUCUCUACUUUGGCUUGCGGUUUAUUGCAGCCAACGACAAGCUGUGGUUCUGGCUGGAAGUGAACUCUGUAGUAGACUUCUUCACGGUGCCCCCCGUGUUUGUGUCUGUGUACUUAAACAGAAGUUGGCUUGGUAAGUCCAUCUCUUUUCUUUUCUUCUUACUGGUUCCUGAGCCAUGGCUGAAAUCUAGCACCCAGGGUGCCUCAGAGGUGCUGGGCUGUCCCCCCAGUAAGAAGGUUUUUAAUUCCAUCAAGCUGGUGAAUCUGCUGUCCAUAUUUAUCAGCACGUGGCUAACCGCAGCCGGGUUCAUCCAUUUGGUGGAGAAUUCCGGGGACCCAUGGGAAAAUUUCCAAAACAACCAGGCUCUUACCUACUGGGAAUGUGUCUAUUUGCUCAUGGUGACCAUGUCCACUGUUGGUUACGGGGAUGUUUAUGCAAAAACCACGCUCGGGCGUCUCUUCAUGGUCUUCUUCAUCCUCGGGGGACUGGCCAUGUUUGCCAGCUACGUCCCUGAAAUCAUAGAGUUAAUAGGAAACCGCAAGAAAUACGGGGGCUCCUAUAGUGCGGUUAGUGGAAGAAAGCACAUUGUGGUCUGUGGACACAUCACUCUGGAGAGCGUUUCCAACUUCCUGAAGGACUUUCUGCACAAGGACCGGGACGAUGUCAACGUGGAGAUCGUCUUUCUUCACAACAUUUCCCCCAACCUGGAGCUUGAGGCUCUGUUCAAACGACAUUUUACUCAGGUGGAAUUUUAUCAGGGUUCGGUCCUCAAUCCACAUGAUCUUGCAAGAGUCAAGAUAGAGUCAGCAGAUGCCUGCCUGAUCCUUGCCAAUAAGUACUGCGCAGACCCGGAUGCCGAAGACGCCUCCAACAUCAUGAGAGUAAUCUCCAUAAAGAACUACCAUCCGAAGAUAAGAAUCAUCACUCAGAUGCUGCAGUAUCACAACAAGGCCCAUCUGCUAAACAUCCCGAGCUGGAAUUGGAAGGAGGGAGAUGAUGCAAUCUGCCUUGCAGAGCUGAAGCUGGGCUUCAUAGCCCAGAGCUGCCUGGCUCAAGGCCUCUCCACCAUGCUCGCCAACCUCUUCUCCAUGAGGUCAUUCAUAAAGAUUGAGGAAGACACGUGGCAGAAGUACUACUUGGAAGGAGUCUCAAAUGAAAUGUACACGGAAUAUCUCUCCAGUGCCUUCGUGGGUCUGUCCUUCCCUACUGUUUGUGAGCUGUGUUUUGUGAAGCUCAAGCUUCUAAUGAUAGCCAUUGAGUACAAGUCUGCCAACCGAGAGAGCCGUAUAUUAAUUAAUCCUGGAAACCAUCUUAAGAUCCAAGAAGGUACUUUAGGAUUUUUCAUCGCAAGUGAUGCCAAAGAAGUUAAAAGGGCAUUUUUUUACUGCAAGGCCUGUCAUGAUGACAUCACGGAUCCCAAAAGAAUUAAAAAAUGCGGCUGCAAACGGCCCAAGAUGUCCAUCUACCGGAGAAUGAGACGGGCAUGUUGUUUUGAUUGCGGACGUUCUGAGCGUGACUGCUCAUGCAUGUCAGGCCGUGUGCGUGGUAACGUGGACACCCUUGAGAGAGCCUUCCCACUUUCUUCUGUCUCUGUUAAUGAUUGCUCCACCAGUUUCCGUGCCUUUGAAGAUGAACAGCCAUCAACACUGUCACCCAAAAAAAAGCAGCGGAACGGAGGCAUGAGGAACUCACCCGGCUCCUCACCCAAGCUGAUGAGGCAUGACCCCUUGUUAAUUCCUGGCAAUGAUCAGAUUGACAACAUGGACUCCAAUGUGAAGAAGUAUGACUCUACUGGGAUGUUUCACUGGUGUGCACCCAAGGAGAUAGAGAAAGUCAUCCUGACUCGGAGUGAAGCUGCCAUGACCGUCCUGAGUGGCCACGUCGUGGUCUGCAUCUUUGGCGACGUCAGUUCAGCCCUGAUUGGCCUCCGCAACCUGGUGAUGCCACUCCGUGCCAGCAACUUUCAUUACCACGAGCUCAAGCACAUCGUGUUUGUGGGUUCCAUUGAGUACCUCAAGCGGGAAUGGGAGACGCUUCAUAACUUCCCCAAGGUGUCCAUAUUGCCUGGUACGCCAUUAAGUCGGGCUGAUUUAAGGGCCGUCAACAUCAACCUCUGUGACAUGUGCGUUAUCCUGUCAGCCAAUCAGAAUAAUAUUGAUGAUACUUCGCUGCAGGACAAGGAAUGCAUCUUGGCGUCACUCAACAUCAAAUCUAUGCAGUUUGAUGACAGCAUCGGGGUCUUGCAGGCUAAUUCCCAAGGGUUCACGCCUCCAGGAAUGGACAGAUCCUCUCCAGAUAACAGCCCAGUGCACGGGAUGUUACGCCAGCCAUCCAUCACGACUGGAGUCAACAUCCCCAUCAUCACUGAACUAGCUAAACCUGGCAAGUUGCCUUUGGUAUCAGUCAAUCAGGAAAAAAACAGUGGGACGCACAUUCUAAUGAUAACUGAACUGGUGAAUGAUACUAACGUUCAGUUUCUGGACCAAGACGAUGACGAUGACCCUGACACAGAACUGUACCUCACGCAGCCCUUUGCAUGCGGGACAGCGUUUGCCGUCAGCGUCCUGGACUCACUCAUGAGCGCGACAUACUUCAAUGACAACAUCCUUACCCUGAUACGGACCCUGGUGACCGGAGGAGCCACCCCGGAGCUGGAGGCUCUGAUUGCCGAGGAGAAUGCUCUGCGCGGGGGGUACAGCACCCCCCAGACGCUGGCCAAUAGGGACCGCUGCCGCGUGGCACAGUUAGCGCUGCUGGACGGGCCCUUUGCGGACCUGGGGGAUGGUGGUUGUUAUGGUGAUCUGUUCUGCAAAGCUCUGAAAACGUAUAAUAUGCUUUGUUUUGGAAUUUACCGGCUGAGAGAUGCUCACCUCAGCACCCCCAGCCAGUGCACGAAGAGGUAUGUCAUCACCAACCCCCCGUAUGAGUUUGAGCUCGUGCCGACGGACCUGAUCUUCUGCUUAAUGCAGUUUGACCACAACGCCGGCCAGUCCCGGGCCAGCCUCUCCCAUUCCUCCCACUCGUCCCAGUCCUCCAGCAAGAAGAGCUCCUCCGUUCACUCCAUCCCAUCCACUGCAAACCGACAGAACCGGCCCAAGUCCCGGGAGUCCCGAGACAAACAGAAGUACGUGCAGGAAGAGCGGCUCUGAUAUGUGUAUCCACUGCCUCCGUGUGUGAAACUGUAUCUGCCACUCAUUUCCCCAGUGGGUGUUUCCAACAGUAACUUUCCCGUUUUCCCCUGUAGUCUCCCCCCCCCUUUUUUUUUACACAUAUUUGCAUAUGUAUGAUAGUGUGCAUGUGGUUGUCAUUUUUAUUUCACCACCAUAAAACCCUUGAGCACAACAGCAAAUAAGCAGACGGACCAAAAGUUAUUUAUGAUUCUAGGGGAAAAAUAACCCAAAGGCAUGCUCCAGACAUAAAUAGCUCACUGCAGGAACGAGUUCACAGAUUAGAAGGAAGCGCUUGUGAUCCACGUCGGUUAUGCAAAGCUAGUUUAGUUAAUGUAGAGGAAAAGUCUAUUCUGAUUUAUCAGGAUCAUCAGGGUGCUUUGGGUUUUGAUUUUGUUGUUGUUUUCCUUUCUUUCUUCCUUUUGUUUGUUUGUUUUUAAUACACAUGCAGUAAUAUAGACACACAUUUAUUUGAAACGAGCUACCCAAAAGCAAUGAAAAUAUAUUGGUUGUUUCCACUCUCUGGCCGAAUAUCUAUCGUGAAGCAUUUGACAGGCUUUUGCCAUUUGUGUAGAUGAAGACUAAGCACUUGCUUGUUAUAAGAGAACAUCAGAGAUUUUCUUAGUUACUUUCCAAGGCCUUUUGUCCCAGAGCUCGCUUCCUCCGGGAGUUCCUAUGAACACUUCUGUCCUUACUGUGGAGGAAAGAAUAGUAUUCCAUUUGUGGAUGUAGCCAAUUCUAAGUCAUUUAAGUAAAGGGAAAAGAGCUUUGAUUGCAUAUUAAAUUGUUAUUCUGUCUCCUUAUGCUGCCAUGUGAAUAACUAUUUUUUUCUCUCACUUUUGACAUUUGGGAUGAAAAGCCAUAUGUAUCAUAAAUAUCAGAUGUAAGUCAUUAAAAACUGCCUUCCUGGGACUUUUACAUCUUUUAAAAGGUGAAUUACUUACCUUAUGUACAGAAUAAAUAAUGCUCAGGAAAGAGCAAGUAUUUUUCCAUGCAUUCUCAGGGGACCUUUCUACUCCCCUUUGUUUGAUUAGUUAGGGUCCCGAUGCCAGGGAGGAAUGAGGGCUGGGGCCGUGGUAGAGAGAGAGGAAGAUCACCCAGUGGUCCAGGAGCCGACCUGCUGAAUAAAUCAGGAUGUAGGAGGAUCAAGCCACAGGUGACUCAAUAAAGACAAAAGCCAGCUACCGCCUUCAACUGUCGGCACAGCUGCGGGAGGCUGGCUGUCCCAAAGCAGAAAGCUGGUGGGGAAAACUCAUCGUCAAUUUCUGAGCCGUAGCCAAUUCACUUAGGCAGGUGAAUGACAGUCAUAGAGAAUGACCCCUUGUCAUGAAGUGGGAGGGAAGGAAAAGAGUGUGACAGUGAGCCAAACACAUUUUGGUAUAAUUUUUUUUUCUUUUGUUUUCUUUCUUUCUUCCUUUUUUUUAAGUUAGUAAGCAUGAGCGGAAAGGUAGACGAAUACCCUUUUUUUCAAUAUACAGUUGUCAGAUGUUUUAUGCAUGCAAAUAAAUCAUGCUUUAGGCAGUGCAGUAGUUCUCCAAAAUCAGCCAGCUCCACCAUAACCAAAUUCCUGUAUGGAUGGACUAGCCCCGGGGCUGCUAGCUAUGUAUGUGAGAUGUUUCCUUGCAGACAAAAUUCCAUCGAAGAGAAUAGGGGGUGGAGGGGAGGAGACAGAUGUCGCAGCUGUACCAUCUCUAAAAAGGUGUUUUUAUGGUGAAUGUUUUGGGUUUAGAUUUUGGAUCCCCGUCCCCCACCUCCCCCAAGCAUGAUAGCUUUGGAGAUUUGCUUGCUGUGUGAAUUGACAAGCACUUUUACUGACAAAAUGGUGAGGCUCAGUCAGAACCUCCGUCCCCACACCAAAGACAGGGCAGUACAGUGUUCAAAUCAGUAUGGGGGGUGGGGCAUAAUUGUAUACAUGUCUAUGAAAAAGCCCUAGGAGUGGAAGAUUUUUUUCAAAAUUAUUUUUUGUCCCUAUAUAUAUUGAUUUAUAUAUUCCGUAUAACUACCUUUUUAUAUAUAACUAUAUAUAUACACAUAUAUACCUAUAUAUGUAUAUAUAUAUAUAUGCACACACACAUAUCCCCUAGUUUUGAUCAUGAAGAGCCCUUCAUGCAUUCUUUGCAAAGGAGGUUAUCAAGUGAGGCCCUCAGAAAAUUUAUAACUUUAAGAAUGUGCCAGUUAAAGUGCUCGACAGGAAAUAAUGACAGUUGAAAAGCAUUGUAAAACUCACAUAGCUUACUUCUCUCUCUAAAGUGCAACAAGGAUGAAUAGAAUGGGCCAAGGUAUGACAAUUAACGGUUCUGCAUGACCUAGCCACUGCUGGCGGUUUUCUUCUCUAACGUUGUCCUUGUGAAAACUUUUGUGAAAUUAAAAAAAAAAA